CAAAUGUCUCAUAGCUGAAUUUACAGAACGUCUUUAACUGGGAAAUGCGACCUCCUUCCAUCAUGAUCUGAACCCCAAUCUCGAACUCAUUGCAUUGUGUCUCGUUAGAGUUGUCACAAUACUAUUUUGUUGCUUCCUCUCAGUAAACUGUCUUUCUUCACUCAUUAUGAAACUCAACAUAUCCGUUUGCAUUCUCGCCUCAUCUUUGGCUGUAUGUCAAACUGUUCCUCCUGGAGGAUCCGAUCUUCUCGCUGUUCUCCGAAGUGAUCCUGACACGCAAGCGUUUGCUCAACUGCUAGAAGAGCAUCCUGACCUUCUUAUGAAUCUGAACUCUGCUAAGAAUUACACGGUAUUUGCUCCUUCAAAUGCAGCGGUCGCCACAUUCCAGCAAUCUUUCAACGGAUCACUUUCCCGCCGCGCGUAUGGUCUCCACCGCCGAAGCAUUCCCGACUACGCCGCCGCAAUUGCGCUGCUCUUCACAGACAGGUCAAACCAAGGCAACCUAAACCUUCAGCCGACAAAUCUCAUCACUAAUUUGACAGACGCGGAAUUUGUCAACCUUGGGCCAGCUUCGGCUUCAGCCUCACAAACCACCUCUAGCUUCAGCCUCAUCCAGUCGAGCCUCGGAUCAGCAUUGUCAGCCUCAAGCUCAGUGCCGUCUGCGACGUCUUCAUCUUCAUUAAGCUCCAGCCCCACGUUUACUACGUCUAUCUCAGCACCGGUAUCUUCGACCUCGCUUUCGGUGCUGGAGAGCACUCUGGUACCCACCUUGCACUCACAACCGUCGACUUCAAGUCCAGCAGCGCCCCAGCCAACUCCAGAGCCCGAACCCGCAGGGUGUCCAUCUAUACCACCAAAGCCAAAGAAGAAGAGAUCCUUCGAACCAUACUCCAAGCAGUAUCGACGGCAGCUGAACGAGUCGUCCUUACUAGUCUCCUCCGGUUUUGGCAGUGUGGCUGAGGCAUCAUUGAGUGAGACGAUAUACAACAAUGGAGCUAUACGGAAAGUCGAUAGCUUCUUUACCCUCUUUGGUGAUCUUGCAUCAACUCUUCAGCAAACCAAUGGUACAGCAUUCGCAAAUUCCCUUGCCCAAGCAGGCAUGCUCGACUCGGUCUCAAAGACGCCGCGCAUUACCGUCUUUGUUCCCACCGACGCUGUCUUGACUGGGCAAGUCUUAGAUGCUAUCUCUUUACAGCGCUAUGUCUUGCCGAAUACCCUGGCUACAAGCCCAAGCCUAAGUGCUGGCAUGUACAAAACUAGCGCCGGUGAUUCAGUUAAUAUUACUGUCAAUAGCGACGGAUCUUUUUCAGUCAAUAAUGCAACUAUUGUAAAGUCAGAUGUGAUGAUCAAGAAUGGCGUUGUUCAUUACAUUGAUAAUGUGUAUACUGGUUUGGCCAGGGGAUCUGCGCCUGGACUCACCUCUUCGAGGCUUUCGAUUGUUGUAGCUAUUGCUAUAUCUUGCUCGGCCCUGUUAUGAGCCCUACCGUGAGAUGACUGAAUUGUUCGCACAAGUUACUGAAGGGUUUCCUAAGGAUUAUAGUCCCAUCUGUAAUAUUUAAUAUCAUACAUGAAUUACUAUUAGAUC